AUGGAACGAGUCGUUAGGAAAGGUAUAACAACACACCUGGGCAAUUUGCGACAGCAAAACAGUAAAUUGCAGCUGAGAAAAAUAAAUCCUCCAGCAAGAUAUGGCAAAACGACAACCGGAGGGAGUAAACUAAUGCUAUGGAAUAAGAAGACAGAAAAACUAACGACAAGACAAGAAAAAGGAGUAUAA